AUGUGUGGGUGCGGAAGUAGUACAGAUGAAAGGGAUACCGGUGAUAGAUACUACUACCCUCGCAAACGUCUUCAUCAAAAUUGCUCCGACUGCAGACAUUAUGAGGAAUCCUUCAACUAUGCUGGCAGGGGAACUAGAAACGGUGGCGGUGGCGUUGCCGGUUAUUCCAACGUAUACAACGGUAUAAGUGGUUUGGGCGGCGGAUACGACGGUGGAGGUGACUACGGUGGCGGCGGCGGCGGAGGUGACAGCGGUGACAGAGGUGGUGGUGGAUGUGACGGCGGCGGCGGCGGUGGAGGUGACAGCGGUGGUGGAGGCGGAGGUGACUGCGGCGGCGGUGGUGGAGGCGGAGGUGACUGCGGCGGCGGUGGUGGAGGCGGAGGUGACUGCGGCGGCGGUGGUGGAGGCGGAGGUGACUGCGGCGGCGGAGGUGGAGGCGGAGGUGACGGCGGCGGCGGAGGUGACUGCGGCGGUGACUAG